UGCUCGGCUGGAUGUCUCUCGGUUGAUACGAGACCGGGGCCCACACUUUCUGCUGUGAACUCCGUCAAUCCACAAAACACCACGGUGCUAGUGACAGAAACUAUGAUUCUGGUACAAUCACUUUAGGCCAGGUAUUCGAUUUGGUGGUACCCGGUAAGAUGAACUACGUGGUACUCAGCGGAUUUCUCUUCCUCUUUGUCGGAAACUCAGUGUCUCAAAGGUUAACGGACACAUUCGGCAUUAAUCGUCUUGUGUCAGCUGCGACGAACACUGGCACUGCGAAGGAUGUUCAGCUUGACGUUGACUACUUGUCAGUGCUACGAAGUGCGAUGUCUCGUGGCUUCGCCAGCAUUCCGGCUUCUGUAAAGUUCAAGCUAUUCAGAGCCGACGUGAGCCCCGAGUGCAAAGUGGGCCUUCUGAGAACACUGCGUGGCUUUCUGAAGUUGGAGCCUUGGACCAUAAGACUUUUCGACGCCUCAGCCAUUUACCCUACGGGUCUUUUACAAGUGUCACGAGCAAACAUGGGGGCCUUCGACGAGUGCCUCGAAACAGUGGUGCACGACAAAAGUGGAAACCUCAUCACACAAGGGCAGUAUUGCAAUGUGAUCGCUUACAUCAAGAAUGGCACAGCCGUGAAAACCACUGUUGAGGCUCUGAAGGACGUACUGCACCCAAAGCUUCAAUACUUCAAGGACUACUUCACAGUAGAGGGAGUGACAGUCUGUCGCCUUGGAAUUUGCUUCGUAAAGGAAUGUGGCCAACGCGACCUACAAGUUCUGGUCGACUCACUGAAUCCACCUUCGAUGAUUAGUGUCCAAGUGUCCCAUUGUGUCACAGCUGAACCGGAACCUUGGACUGAAACGCAAAUUGCAAUCACGUAA